GUAUGUAAACAAAAAACUUGACAGUCAUUCUACAUUUUCUAGAAAAACAACAAGAAAAGUAAAAUGUAUAGUUUUGAGGGAGAUUUCAGGAGAAAACCAAUCCAAUCCUUGCGUGGGGCAAGCAAAAAGGAAGAAAAAGAUCAGCUAUUAAUCCGAGCUCAAGUUGAAAGACAGCGAAGAGAGGAGGUGAGAUUGCAACAUGAAAGCGCAACAAAAAUACAAGCCUAUUUUCGCAGUUAUGCUGUCAGGAAACAACAGAUGGUGGCUGUGCGGGGUCAGUUUGACCAGAUAGUCCAGUCUGCACAGCGGCCAGAAUCACUGGACAUGAAAACACUUUGCUUUCUUCAGCAGAAGUUAUGUUUUUUUUACUCCAACAAACUUGAUCCACAGAGAUUGAUAUGGAUGUGUCAGAAUGUGAUUAAAAGAAAGAAUGAUUACCUAACCUACAUGUGUACCCGUAUCCCUGGUGGUCUGUACCAUAUACAGCGCCUGCUGCUGUUGUGUCUAAGACACUUGAAGGAUGUAAUACAUACGGCAGCCCCUAUAGCAAUCCCGAUGAGGAUGCUGGAGAUGUUUACGUCACUAGAGCUCUACAGAUCACACAAAUUUACAGAACAUAAGGAGGGACCAGUCCACCACUUAUGGCUGUACCUCAUCAACCACGGUUACUUUGACUAUAUGCGAGUGAUACUUGAGGCCAAGGUACCAUCAGACCUGGAAAGGACAGCCGUAGCCCCUACCCCACUGGCUGACAGUAUCCUGGGACUCAUCAUGGGGCCAGUCAGUUUUGCCAUACAGCACAAAGGUCAACCAUUCAGUCACUGUGUGCUGAAGGCCAUAUGUCAGUCCCUGCUUUGCCCAGCCUACAGUGAACAAAUUGAACACUUCCUCCUCCCAGCCAUGGCCUAUGGAAGGUUUCCAUUCCCAUUCGUUGAUCUCAUCCAAGCUCUCAUAUCUGACACAGCAAGAAACAGCAAACACGGGUCACAGGUCAGUGGAAGGUCAAAAAGGUCGUCAAGUACAUCUAUUGAGAUGACUCCAUGGCUGCUUGGUGCACUUGUGACCCUAGCUGAUAAAUAUAUAGAAGUACUAAAUACGAAACAGACAGUGGAUUUUCUGUCUGUACUGAAGAAGUUAUUACCAAGUUUACCAACCCGGGAGGUCCAAGAUGACGAUUCUGACGAUGAAAUGGAUGUUGAUCAAUUGUUUCCAACAGAUGGUUUACAGAAAAUACAACAAGACUGCAUGACCUUUUUAAAUUCUCCAAAUUUUGUGCAGCGUGUCAUUGAAUGUCAUGGUAACAAGAUGUCACAUGACAUUGUCUCGGCUAUCUGUGUCGUUUGUCAUGCUCUAAUGACUCACCAUCACUUGGAAAUACACAAAGUCAGAUUGCUGUACAGUCUAGCAUUCAGCAAGGCUUUUAUCCGGGGUCUGUGGUCUGUGUGUACGACUACCUGUAACUGGACUGUCAUGGGCACGGAGGCCUCCCUUAUUCAGAUGUUGGCUUGUGGUGUUGACCUGUCAGACGAUGAUGUCCAGAGGAUAGUGCCAUUGUUAGCAAUCUUCUGUUCAAUGUUUAACCACUUCCUGUACACCAUACAUGAUGCAGACUUCUAUGGGGACACCAAACCUAGCAGUAUGCCAUUCAGGCUGGAGGAGCUGGUCCCAAUGACCCUUGUUCUACGUGACACGUGUCUAGGCGUGAUUGAGCUGGCCCACCCUGACACACGUCUAUCAAUCUCCGAGGACUACCAUGAAGCACUCAUACAGGCAGGCAUGAAAGACAAACCGCGACAAAAGGAAGAUGAAGAUCGUCACAAUCACAUGUGGGCUUACCUGUUCAAGGUGACAUCCUCACUAGUGAGACAACUUUACUCCAGAGACACACGGAGAAUGUUCUGUCCCUAUAACUUCUGGUUGUCGGACAGAGUGUCUAUCCAGGCUGAUAAGCCAUCACAGAUCUACAGAGCUCAGGGUUCUGUGUUCACCAGGCGGCCAUUCGGAACAAUGAAGUCUCUCACAAAAACAGCCCUUGAUGAGGAUGGGCCACCUUUAUCUAAUACAGAUGUAAAAAACCUAGUCAUCCUUACAGAGCUUCCGUUUGUGGUGACUUUUGAGGAACGAUUCAAGAUCCUUCAGAAACUGAUACAGACUGACCGACAGGAAUACCAAGGGGAGAUGACUCACUUUUUGUCAGGGCCAUCCAUUUCUGUGAUGAUUCGCAGAAACUACAUCUAUGAGGAUGCAUUUGAUAAACUCUCACCAGAAAAUGAGCCGAACCUGAAGCUGAAGAUGCGUGUACAGCUGGUCAAUGCUGCGGGUUUGGAUGAAGCUGGAAUAGACGGAGGAGGUAUCUUCCGUGAGUUCCUAUCCGAGUUACUGAAGACUGGCUUUGAUCCUAAUCGAGGAUUGUUCUGCUACACAACAGAUCAGCUGUUGUACCCCAACCCAAAAUCAACAGUGCUGAUGGAGAACUAUACCAAGCAUUACUUCUUCCUGGGCAGGAUGCUCGGCAAGGCCAUUUAUGAAAACAUGUUGGUGGAGCUUCCAUUUGCAAGUUUCUUCCUCUCAAAGAUACUCAGUCGCCAUGGCGGCAAUCUUGACAUCCAUCAUUUGGCUUCUCUUGACCCCGAGUUAUACAGGAAUCUUUUGUCCCUGAAGACGUAUGAGGAUGAUGUUGUGGACCUAGGUUUGGACUUCACAACUGUAAACGAUGACUUUGGUCAGACAAAGGUGAUAGAGUUAAAACCAGGGGGACGACAGAUAGCAGUGGACAACCACAACAGGAUAGAGUAUAUACACCUCAUGGCUGACCACAAACUCAACAAACAGAUACGUGUACAGUGCACAGCUUUCCGACAGGGCAUGUCUGAUGUCCUGAACCUCGACUGGCUUCGCAUGUUUGACCAUCAUGAACUUCAGGUUCUGAUCUCAGGGGCCAUAACUCCAGUCAACAUUGAGGAUUUGCAGCACCAUACAAACUAUUCUGGGGGUUAUACAGACAGUCAUCCAAUCAUCCAGAUGUUUUGGAAAGUGGUCCAACAAUUUACCAAUCGUCAGAAACGCCAGCUGCUCAAGUUUGUGACGAGUUGUUCACGCCCUCCUCUGCUUGGCUUCAAGGACCUGUACCCAGCAUUUUGUGUCCAUUAUGGUGGAAAUGAACUGGACAGACUUCCUACUGCUAGCACUUGUAUGAACCUGUUACGCCUCCCAGAGUUUAGCGAUGAAAAGACAAUGAAAACAAAGCUGUUAUAUGCAGUGGAAUCGGAAUCUGGCUUUGAACUUAGCUAGCAUAGUACAAUCAGUGUCAUCGACACACCAAUUAGGGAAUUAUUUGGUGAGAGAUUUUUAUCCAGAAACAUCAUGAAAAUCUAUCUAAAAGCAUGAAUGAAAGAAUUAAAUAUAAAAUUGUGAUUUAAUGUGAGAUGUUUUGUUGUUUGAAUGGUACAGUAUAAUGAUGGUGCUGUACUUCCAAGUGUGUAGGGUUUAUGUAUUUACUUUCACUCAAAACAUAAAUAAUCAGUUACCUAACUUACUCAACAACAAAUUGAGGGGUUUAUUAUUUUUAUGUAUGCUGCAAAUAUUAAUGAAAAAUUUAUUUAACUUCCAUGAAAUACAAUGUGUAUUAAAAUGCUACCCACUGUUUAACACAUGCACAAGUCAUAAUGAUUUUAUAAGUUAAAAAUGAAAACUUGAUAUGUGAGGGAGAGGUGAAAGUCUAGUACACAUGUAUCAUUAUAAUGUACGAUGUAUGUUGAUAGUAUUUCAUUGUCUCAUUUAUACCAUUACAUGGUGAGAAUUGGAAGUGAAUUUUCCUGGAAGCUGUGUGCUAGUCUAGAGAUUUAUCAGACAGCAGGACACCCCUUUGAGUCACCAUUGAACCAUUAUUCAACCUAUAAAGCUGUUUUAAAUCAGAUACACUUUUACAGCUGUAUUGUCCAAUAAACAUGUGCUGUAGAGCCGGCUACAGUAUUUGAUAUUAACGUAUAAGACUAGGCAAACACCAUGAGAUAUAAUUUAUUCGAAAAAAAUCUCAAGAUUCAAAUUUCAUCGAACUUUAUGUUUGAAAACAAAAUGUGUGAUGUUUUCUCUCUUCCUGUCUGUCAUAGAAUAUUGGUUCUAACUAUCAAAGAAUUCUUUCCUCCGUACAUAGCAUGAUUUUUUUUUGAUA